UCCAUAGCUUUGUUCCCUGAAGUUUCAAACCCACUCACUGAGGAACAGCCUCACAGUGCCCUUCUUUCUUUGCCCUUCUCCACCCUCUUUCUAUGGUUGUUCGAUAGUAAGGCCCAUUGUUUCAGAGAUGUUUUUUUAAUGAGCGAGAUUCACACUGAGGGCAGACCUGCUGUUGGAAGGGCUUAUCGUUAAUCUCUUAGUUAAUGCGGGCAAUGUACCUAUGCAGUAAUAUGAAUUAUCAAGAAGCCUCAGGACAGGGACGGGGAUGUUUUUAGCUCAAGGAGCUCCUCUGUUGGAUUUAUGAGCGUUUUUGAAACUUUAUGCAAACGUUGCAAUGUGGCAGUAAAAGUGUUUAUGUGAAGUUUGUAAAAAGAAACAGCAACAACUCAGCUGCACAGAUCGGAACUUUUAUUUCUUUUUUGAGCGACGGUUUUGGCCUUGGAUUUGAUUGCUGCCGUGUUUCUGAAAGGAAUGUUGUGUGCUUGAGCGUGUGCGUUUGUUGCCUGCGAUGCCCUUGCCUGCAUCUGAUGUUCCAGCCACUCAGAGGCUGGCACUUGACUGCCGCACCCUUCUUGACCAUCAUGUUGGCAGGGGGGUUUGUGGAUGCUGUGGGGCCCUCAGACCUCGAUACAAAAGACUGGUGGACAACAUCUUCCCAGAAGAUCCAGAGGAUGGGUUAGUAAAAUCCAACAUGGAGAAGCUGACGUUUUACGCCUUGUCAGCUCCAGAGAAGCUGGACCGCAUCGGCGCCUAUCUUUCCGAGAGGCUGUCGAGAGACGUGGCUCGUCACAGAUAUGGAUAUGUGUGCAUCGCCAUGGAGGCUCUGGACCAGCUGCUGAUGGCCUGCCACUGCCAGAGCAUCAACCUGUUUGUGGAGAGCUUUCUAAAGAUGGUGCGAAAGCUGCUGGAAUCUGACAAACCCAGCUUGCAAAUCUUAGGAACCAACUCGUUUGUAAAGUUUGCAAAUAUUGAGGAGGACACGCCCUCGUACCACCGCAGUUACGACUUUUUUGUGUCGCGCUUCAGUGAGAUGUGCCAUUCAAGCUACGAAGACCCUGAUAUCCGCACCAACAUCCGCAUGGCAGGCAUUCGGGGUUUGCAAGGUGUAGUGAGGAAGACGGUGAACGAUGAGCUGCAGGCUAACAUCUGGGAUCCUCAGCACAUGGACAAGAUCGUCCCCUCUCUGCUGUUCAACCUGCAGAGUGAAGAAGGAACUGAGAGGUAUGCAGGCAGCCGCUCUCCCUCUCCGCUGCAGGCAUCAGAGAAGGAGAAGGAAAGCCCGGUGGAGCUGACGGAGCGCUGCUUCAGGGAGCUGCUGGGAAGAGCCGCCUUCGGCAACAUCAAGAGCGCCGUCACACCGGUCCUGAUGCACUUGGAUAACCACUCUCUAUGGGAGGGGAAGACCUUCGCAGUGCGUUGCUUCAAAAUCAUCAUGUACUCCAUCCAGUCCCAGCACUCUCAUCUGGUAAUCCAGCAACUCCUCGGCCAUCUGGAUGCAAACAGCAAGAACUCCGCCACAGUUCGGGCUGGAAUAGUAGAGGUUCUGUUGGAGGCAGCCGCCAUUGCAGCCAGCGGCUCUGUAGGUCCCACAGUCUUGGAGGUCUUUAACACUUUGGUCAAGCAGCUCCGCCUGAGUGUGGAUUAUGAGUUGACGGGUUCGUAUGACGGCAGCACAAACAUCGGGACCAAGAUCAUCAAAGCUCACGAGGAGAGGCAGCUGCAGGAAGCUGUCAUUCGGACCAUCGGCUCUUUUGCCAACACCUUACCCACCUACCAGAGAUCAGAAGUUAUGCUGUUUAUAAUGGGCAAGAUCCCUGUCCCUGGAGUUUCUCUAACUCUGCCCUCCUCAGACUCUGGGCCGGAAGUCACAAGAAUGAUUCAAAUCAUGUUACUGAAGUCUUUAGUUCAGGUGACAGCCGGUUUCCAGACCACAAACAUGCUCACAGCGCUGCCCAGCUCCUUCCUGGAGCCGCUGCUGUCCUUCUCUCUAACAGAAGACCCUGAGAUUCGACUGCUGGUGCUGGAAAUUCUUCUCAGUCUUAUCGACAGGCAUGAGAACAGACCCAAGUUCUCCAGAAUCAGCAUCGUCUCUGACAUCUCUGUGCUCAAGCUGAAACUGGACAAAUGCUCCAGACAGGACAAUUUGUUUAUGAAAAAGCACGGACAGCAGCUGUAUCGACACAUCUACCUGAACUGUAAGGAGGAGACCAGCGCUCAGGAGCACUACGAGACCCUCUUUGCACUUUUGGGCCUUCUCAGCGUGGAGCUGGCCAACGAGGAAGUGGUGGUGGACCUCAUCCGCUUGGCCCUCGCUUUGCAGGAUCUGGCUCUGUGUACAGAUGAGCCUCUGCCCACUUAUAACCGCUGCGCCGUCCACGCCCUCGCUGCUGCCUACCUCAACCUCAUCUGCCAGCUCACCACUGUUCCAGCCUUCUGCCAGCACAUACAUGAGGUAAUUGAGGUCAGACGAAAAGAAAAACCCUACCUUCUGCCUGAAGAUGUCUUCACACAGAAAUCCAAGCUGCCUUCUUCUCUGGAUAAGAUAGAUGCGGAUGUCUUGUUUCUUCAGUCAAAGAUUACUGAAGUCCUUGGAGGAAGUGGUUAUAAUACAGAGAGGCUGGGGACACCGUAUGUCCCCCAGUACACAGAUGAGGACCGGCUUUCUAAGAGGAAGAGUAUUGGAGAGACCAUCUCUAUCCAGAUGGAUGUAGAGUCUCGAAAUAGUCCAGAGAAAAAGGAGAGGACACCAGCUGAAGAGAUCACAUUUGAAACACUGAAAAAUGCUAUUGUGGACAGUGUUGGUAUGGAAGAGCAGGAAAGGGAGCGGAGACGACAAGUAGUGGAGAAGUUCCAAAAGGCUCCUUUUGAGGAGAUAGCUGCCCACUGUGGUGCUAGGGCCACAAUGCUGCAGAGCAAAUUGAAUCAGAUAUUUGAGAUCACAAUCAGGCCUCCUCCCAGCCCUUCUGGAACCAUAUCGUCAGGUUACGGCCAAACCCAGAGUCGAUCUGUUCCCAUUUAUGAGAUGAAGUUUCCUGACCUUUGCGUGUACUGAGCCACAAACUCUGCAGCAGCGUGACAAAACGGAUUAACCUUUGAGUACGGGGAAGGGGAUCCGUGGAACCGAUCUUCACUGUAAAGUCCUCUUGACUGUGGAAUCUAACAUCCAUUAUAUACAUUUGGGGAAAUCUCGACUGCAGCUGCAGAAAAAGCCUCUCCUAGAUCACAUUCUGAGACCUGUUGUAAUAGAUAAGGAACCAAACGUAGUCAGUCAUUCAUUUCUAAUUAGACAUUUCUUCAAAAACUCCACUGGUUGGAGUUUUCUUUUUAAAUGCCAAAAAAAGAUGGUGACAAAUUUUGAUAUCAAUUUUAUUCCCUUUUUUAAUCCUUAUAGGGUGCCAUAUUUCAGUCACAAAAUUGGAUCAAAGAUCAAUUCUUCUAAUAUUUUUUGAUAAACAGGCGUUAAAGGUAAGCUUACUGGGACUUAGUGUGUUUGAUGUGUCCCCUCCAGCACUCAAACUGUGCUGAGCUGUAGUUUUUCUUUUGCCUUUUUAGUGUUAACCAAAAGUGCUUUUUCUUUUAUGUUUAGGCAUUAACUUCAUAUUUUUACAUUAUUUAUUAUAUAGGUUUUAAUUGCUUACUGAAGAAUCAACAAUGCGCAAUCUUGAUCACAGGAAACUCCCUGUUUACUGCAGUGUUUACAUCCAACUAGAGAAAUAUUUUUUCUUUCCAUAUACAUAUAUGUGUACAUAUACAAAGAAAGGAAUCUUUAAGAUGGUGUACAGAGCACUGAGGAUUUAUGUGUGUAUAUUGUAUAUUCUAAAUUUGAAAUAGAGUGGUUGUGACCAUAGUUAAGGUAGUGUUAGCCAUCUUUAAAAAUCUGCAUCCAGAGACUCAUCGAAUUGAAAGAAAUCCAGACCCAGCAACCCGACGUGCGUCCUCGCCGUGUCAUCCUCAGUCCUGCUGGAACGGCGGUGCAUGCAGCUUUGCAGCGGUGCACCCGUCACACAGAGACCCGAAAGCCAUUUUGUGUGCAGACGUUCAUGCACACGUAGGUAUUUAAGAUUAUAUUGGCAAUAAUUUGGUGCGGGUCUGGCUUACACAGUCCAGGUGUGAGUAGCAGAUCAUUAUAUUUUGAACUUUUUGCAGUUCUGUGACGACUCGGUAUGUGAUCCAUUGUUGAGGCCUCCAGCUGUCUUCAAUGUGUUUCUUUGGAACUCUGCUUUCAAUUUGGUCAUUAACUUUUCAACUUCUGAAUGUGGCGCCUGCUGUAUGUGUAAUUCUUGUCGUGGUAUGGACAAUCUGUUGAUGGUGACCCUUUUAUUUUUUUAAAUAAUGCGAGCGAACAUUUGUGUCUGUCUUCAGUUAGCGUUCCUGUCACGGUUUCCUGCUUUGUUCAGAGUCUUCAAGCGAACAAAGGACAGGCUGGUAAAGAUCAACCAUCUAAACCCUCCAGUGAUAAUUUCCAAUGUGUUUUUUUUUUUUUUUUUUUUUUUUUUAGGAUCUUGAACUUCUAGUCAAGAUCUGUAAAUCUAUCGGUCCAUGUCGUCAUUGCACCAUGAAAUUUGAGGGAAUUAUUUUUGUUUUUCCAUACAUCUGUUUACGGUGUAGUGUUGUAUGUCUAAUCCUUUAAUUCUGUAAGUUUGCACUUUAAAAUUGGGAUAACCUAGUGACAAAGGCAGCUUUUCCAUAAAGAAAAUGCCUUACACGUGUCAUUCCUGACUGCAUGCUAAUGUUGUUGCUGUGGUGUACAAUAAAUGUAUCUGUAAGCUCCUGA